AUGUCGGUUCUAGACUCUUUUAUUCGCGCUUCGGAUCGCGUGGUUGAAUUUCAGGCCUACUUUGAUACACUUCCCACUGAUGGUCACUCCCUCCAUACGUUAGAGGUCCAAAAAGAUGAAAUUGUUCGUCUAUGGUCAGAUUUUAGGUCAUGUUAUGAUGAGAUUCUGAAUAAAUUCAAUGAGUUAGAGGAAGAAGUCGAAAUCGAAACUUUAAAAUCGAGAUUUUAUUCUACUUUUGAGGCUCACGUCAAGGUUUUGUCAAAGUCUAAUGAACUUUUAGAUGCCCUUUGUCAAAAGGCUAGCGCUAAUACGGCUCCAGACCCUGUUACCGUCCCUAUAAUUGAUAAUUCACCCCAUAUUACAUUGCCUCCUUGUGAUACCGAAGUAUUUCAUGGUGAUUACCAGUCAUGGCCAACAUUUCGUGACAUGUUCACGGCCUUAUAUCGGAACAGCAAACGUUUGUCACCUGUUGAAAAGAUGUGUCACUUAAUAAAGAAAACACAAGGUGAGGCUCAAACGAGUAGUAAUAUUAGACGUAUUCAACGCACAAUCAACGAUUGUGUUACAAACCUGUCCCUUCUCAAAAUAGAUACAGAAAACUGGGAUAUAAUCUUUGUCUACAUUUGUUCUACAUGCUUACCGGAAGUUACUCUCAGUCUAUGGGAACAAUCGUUACCAAAUAGCACAGAGUUGCCAACAUGGAAACAAAUGGAUAGUUUCUUGACAUCAAGGUUUCAAACAUUAGAAUCAGUUGCUGAUAUUCGUACCACUUUUAUAAACCCCAAUAGUUCCAAUCACAACAAAUUCCCUAAUCCGAAAAAGCAAAAUUUCUCAGAUAAAAAGAAGUUGAAUAGCUACAACACCAGUGUAUCUGUUAAUAAAUCUGGAAAAUGUUCCAUCUGUCCUGAGGUACACCCCCUAAGACUUUGCCCUUCCUUUCUUGCAAUGGCUGUUGAAGAACGUUUUGCGAUCGUCAAGAGACAAAAGCGUUGUACCAAUUGCCUUGGAACUUCUCAUGAGUUCAAGAAAUGUAGAAGUCAAUAUGUUUGCCAUUUAUGCAAACAAAAGCAUCAUUCGUUGCUUCAUCGCACAGAGAGUUCUAACCCCCAAACAGCCACUCGAACAGUGGUUUUACCCCCGAAUUCAAACCCUAGUGACUCUCGUGUGAUUAACCCCCCUCAAACAUCAAAUUGUAACAAUAAUCCAUCAACUUCUGCUGAAGCUGCAGCACAAAUGCGACAAACGUAUUCAACUCAAAUACAGUCCACUUCUAAUUCAACAGUUUUACUCGGAACAGCUCUUGUCGAUAUUUAUUCAGACAAUCUUAAAUACACAGUUCGAGCUUUAAUCGACUCUGCAUCUGAGGCUACUUUUAUUUCAAAAAGGCUUCAAAGUAAACUCUUAUUGAAAACUCGAUCUUCACAAACUGAAGUUCAUGGCCUGAAUGGAGCCUUAACUGCAACAUCAACACAGUUAUGCUACAUUCGUAUCGGCUCACCCAUUGAUCACAUGUUUGAAACAUCUACAGAUGCUUUCGUCGUUAAAAAACUCACUGGCGAACUCCCGUAUUACCCCUUAUCAGCUCUAAAAGAUCACGAAUUCUCGGAUUUGAGAAGGGCUGACGCUCAUAUUCAUAAGUGUUCGGAAAUUGAAUUACUCCUUGGUGGAGACAUUUACCCUAAAAUCUUACGAAACGGUUUGCGAUGGGACAGUACUCAAUCGUUAGUAGCACAACAAACAGUUUUCGGAUGGAUCAUCACUGGUAAAAUUGCGACGCAAAAUAAUAUUCGUUCGGUCUCUUCUUUCUAUAAUGAAAUUGCGCUAAACAAUCAGCUGCAGAAAUUCUGGGAGCUCGAAGAAGUUCCAAAGAAGCCUCGUCUUUCUGAAGAAGAUCUCCAUUGCGAAAAUGUGUACCAGUCUACGACGUAUCGUGAUGACAGUGGACGCUUUGUGGUUUCAUUGCCAUUUCGACGCGAAUAUCCCGAAGAUAUUAACAUUGGCUCUUCUCGUCAUAUUGCACUCUCUCAAUUUCUAAGAAAUGAAUCUAGACUGAUGAAAAAUCCCCAACUUAAAUCCGAGUAUGAUCGAGUCAUUUCCGAAUACUCAUCACUCAAACAAAUGAUAAAUGUCAGUCCAUCGAUUUCCAAUUCAACAUAUUAUUUACCCCACCAUGCAGUUCUGAAACCCGAAAGCACUACCACAAAGUUACGUGUAGUCUUUAAUGCUUCGAGUCCUUCAUCGAAUGGGAAUAGUCUCAAUGAUUUACUCUACCCUGGUCCUAUUCUACAAGCGGAUUUAACAAUUUUGAUACUGCGUUGGAGACUUUUCAGAUAUGUUUUCAAUUCUGAUAUUGAAAAAAUGUAUCGGCAGAUACUUGUGAAUCCUUCUCACACCCCAUUCCAAAGAAUCAUUUUCCGUAAUUCCACCCAUGAAGAUCCUCAAGAUUUCGAGCUAAACACCGUAACUUUUGGUGUAAACUGUGCCCCUUACCUGGCUAUACGUACUCUGCUUGAAUUAGCUAAAACAUGCGAAAAAUCAAACCCCGCAGUUUCCGAUAUUUUACGGAACUAUAUGUAUGUUGAUGACGUAUUAGCUGGCGCUCAUACUCUAUCUCAGAUCACCCCGAUCGAAACUCAGUUACGAAAAGAUCUGUUUUGUCAGAAAUCGCUAAACUGUUUGACCCCGCCGGUUGGCUUUCCCCCAAAAUAA